AUGGAGUCUGUAUCCCUUAAUGCAAGAACAGGUAAUAAUAAUUUUAGGACCAACUACAAUACAAGUGGAAACAAUACUGGAAAUAGUGGAAAUAGGGGAGGAUACAUUUCAAACAAACCUCGUCAAUUGUGUGAUUACUGUAAGAAUGUAGGACAUAGUAGGGACAAAUGUUUCAAACUCCAUGGGUAUCCUCAGAAUCCAAGGUAUCCCGGGAACAACAAUAAAGGGAAAAGAGUUGCAUCAAAUGUGUUUGGAACACCAAGUGAUGGACCUAAUACUACAGAAGUCGAGGGAGAUCAUCAUGAAGAAGGAAGAAUCAUGCAUCAUCUAACUCAAGAACAAUAUGGACAACCUCUCAACAUCCUGGAAAAGCUCCAAACAGGAAACACUAGGGAGAAGCUAGGAGACAUGAAGCUGACUGGAGGAGCUGUGAACUUUGCAGGUAUAGUCGCUUGUUCCUCUUCUAUUGAGCAUGAUAAUCAAUCGAGUGAAUGUUUUGAUUCAAAUGUUGAUCAGUGGAUCCUUGAUUCCGGAGCCACAAACCAUAUGACCUUUAAUAAGAAAUCAUUAUGCAAUGUUAGGACCUUAGUCUAUCCCUAUUUAGUUUCCUUACCUAGUGGAUACAGAGUCAAGGUGACACUUAUUGGUGAUGUGAUCCUAAGUCCAAAAUUCAUUCCGAAAAAGGGCCCUUCAAUGAAGAGGCCACUGGAGAUUGGUGAAGUGAAGGACAACCUUUACUUUUAUUGUACAAACUCAUGCAAAAGUAACUCAACUCUACUUUCUGCACCUGACACUACUGUUUUGACACACACCUCACACACAACACCUUGUGCAUCCACUUCCUCACACAACAGAAAUAAAGUGCAGUCUACUGUAGGAAAUAAUGCUUCAAACAAUGUAAAUGAGCACUCUGUUUCAAAUGUUUCUCCCUAUUCUUCUGUUGAUGUUCAUGAAUCUUGCAAUUCUGUUCUAGUUCCUAAUGCAUUUACUUAUGAGAAAUGCAAUGUAGACCUUUUGUGGCAUAAUAUAUUAGGUCAUGUACCUUUUAUCAAAAUGAGGGGCAUCUCAACUAUCCUAACUACCUUUGCUCAAAAACAGCUUUAUUCUGUCAUCUCAAAAUCAAGUCCUAGUAAUCUGGUUUCUAGUCUUGAUAGUUUUUCCUUCCCAGUACCUCAAAUACACUUGAAUACAGAAAAUCAUUCAUCACCAACUGAUCCCAAUUCAAGUGGUUCUGCUACAUCUCCCACUACUUCACCUAACAAUCACAAUAUGGUGUCACCAACUCUUGUAUCAGAGAACCAAUAUUCUGAGAAUACUCAAGAUACAAAUGAAUACAAUAUUCCAUCUCCACAGUUUCAAAUCCAGAAUAGCCCACUCAGUACUGCCAGUCCAUCUGAUUAUAACCAACAUACUCCAGCUUUACCUCCAGAAAAUAUUAGACCAUCCAGAACCCACAAAUUACCCACAUAUCUAAAAGAUUAUGUGUGCACACUACCCAAACAACCUAAUGCCUCACAAGAUUGUGAACCUGUCUCAUAUGAAAAAGCAGUUGUUGUGCCUGCACGGCAAGCAGCAAUUACUCAAAAAUUUGAGGCAUUGUACACCGAUAACACUUGGGAUUUAGUGCCACUUCCAGCUGGAAAGAGGGCCAUAGGAUGUAAAUGGGUGUAUACGAUAAAACACAAGGCAAAUGGGAGUAUAGAGAGGUUUAAAGCUAAACUGAUAGUGAAGGGUUACACUCAACAGGCUAGAGUAGACUAUAUUGAAACCUUCCCACUUGUUGUAAAGAUGACAACAGUAAGGGCUCUGAUUGGGGUAGCAAUAAGGGAUGGGAAAUGUUUCAAUUAG